UACAUCUGAGCCUUUGAUAUGCAACGAGCAAGCAGAGUACAGAAAGAUAACAAGGAGGAAAAAAAAUUGAUCAGGCCAGAAAGGCCAAACACCAAUAGGUCGCACACAACGCAAUGCAAGGAGAAAAACUAGCUGGUCCGCACAAUUCAUCCACCAUCAUCUACCAUAUUAGGCUAUUUUGCAUGCCAAAAUCGUAGACACCGCUUGAGACCCCUCUAUUUAGAAUACAACUCACUGGAUGCCUGCUUGGUUUGACAUUUGGAAUUGGCCAUGCAAAUGCAGUUACCCUGCUGCAUGUCCAUCAAAUAGUUAAUAUCCAUGGUAGCAAUCUUAGAUUGAUAGGAAAAGGGCAGACUAAUGGGCAUGGCAAAGGAGCACUUUGUGCUUGUUCACGGUGAAGGUCAUGGAGCCUGGUGCUGGUUCAAGCUGCGGUGGCUCCUUGAGGGCUCCGGCUACCGUGUCACAUGCAUUGACCUUGCCGGAGGUGGCGUUGAUCCUACCGAUCCCAACACAGUCUGGUCGUUCAAGCAGUAUGACAAGCCGCUCAUAGACCUCAUCUCGACCUUGCCAGAAGGAGAGAAGGUGAUUCUAGUUGGACACGGUGCUGGAGGGCUGAGUGUAAUUCAUGCAAUGCAUGAAUUCGUUGACAGGAUCAGUCAAGCAUUUUUUGUGGCAGCUACAAUGCUACCAUUCGGUUUUCAAACUGAUGAAGAUAAGAAAGAUGGGUUACCAAGUUUGCCUGAGAACGAGAUUGAAUUGACACUUAGUGCAGCAGCAGAUGAUCCUCCAACAAGUGUUGCCUUGAGACCAGAAUUCCAGCGUGAUCGACUAUCCCAACAAAGCCCUGAAGAGGAAUCAGUCCUUGCUUCAAUGCUGAUGCGACCGUGGCCUGCAACGGCUAUUAGUAGCGCAAGCUUUGAAGGAGAUGACGAGAGAUUAAAUCGAGUCAAACGGAUUUUCAUAAAGACAGAGCGUGACCAUAUGCUGGACCCUGAACAGCAAGAUUCCAUGAUCAAGAAGUGGCCACCCAGUGAGGUUUUGGUCAUAGAUACAGAUCACAGUCCCUUCUUCUCUGCACCAGAACAACUCUUUAAUUUAAUAGUGAAAUCUCUCUGAUUCCAAAUAUGCAGAAAGCUACAGACUGAGCCUGCCUGAAUUCUUGUAAGUUGUAACAUUAUCAAUACAUAAUAAUUAACACUAGAUUUAGGAUCUCACGGCCUUUGUGAAACAUGUUUCUCAGUAAAUAUUCAGGGUAACAUCUGCGUAAAUGGUUUAAGGGUGCAAGUAAAAUAUGAUCUAGUUCCAUUUUAUACAUGCUCACGUGUCAUUCAGAAAAAAAGGAAAAAAAUACAAAUAUCACCUUAGAAGUGGUUUUAAUUGCAGAGGAUUCAGGAUUGAGAUCCAUAUACUUUGGCCGGUCUGUGUUAAUCUAACAGAGGGGGCCUUUUAUGAGUUCUUUCUGUCAUGAAGUACAUACCUUCAAGGAAGCAUUCUGACAUUUAUGAUUUAUGAAGGCCCUCAGAUGAUGCCAUGAUGGGCAAAAGAAAUUUCACAUCAAACAACUUCAUGACAGACAACCAACUUAUGGUAUAUAAAUGAUGAAAAAACAGUUUGUGUGCCUAACCCUAAACCCAGGUAAGGAUAUUGUUAUAAUACAAUUAGAUAAGUGCAUGAUGGAAGGACGGAAUUUCAUCUCACGUUUUAAUAUUUACCUUUUGUUUACAUGACAGAAUAUUAGUUUCGAGACCAGAGAUAUCAUCAUUGCCUUACAAUUUACA